GCGAUGAGGUGUUUUUCAUGAAUAAAACUGGGGUCGAUGGAGAGAUUCGGCGCGCCAUUAUUUUCCUCCCUUUGGAAUCACGCAUUUCUGAAUUAACACCGGUUAGCGUGAUAAGAUGCUUCCAUGGUUAAUAUUGGAGUGGGUGGGAGGUUCAAAACUACUCGAUUGUUUGAAUCAGAGGAAUAUGGGGAUUGGCGAUUACGCAUCUCGUUGCGCAAUGAUUGAUGGUCUUAAUGAAUGGCUUCUCUCGGAUACGAGUACUUUUCACCUCCUCUGGUCGUUCGACUUGUGGUCUGACCUCCUCUGGUCUACGACCAAUGACAAACCCGCAUUUCUCAAACUCACCAAGUUUCUUGUGACCCACUCGAAGGAGAUCGUGGAGGAAGAUGAACUUGUGUCUGCCGCCAUCGAUGUCAACAUAGCAAUCAAGGAGAAGAUUUUUGUGAACCUCUUUGGCGCUGAGUCCAAUUUCCAUGCGGGUUUAGUUCAGCCGAAUCCAUCGCUUGAGGGAUCUGAUGAAGAGUUUGAGGGAGACGAGGAAGGGGAUGAGGAUGCCCUACCCCUCACAGAGGAGGAGAAGGCCUAUCACGCGAAAGUGUUAGCGGAAGAAAGGAGAGAGAAGUUAAAAGCGGUCGGUGAUAAUCAGAGAACCUUUGUCAACAAGUACACCCGAAAUGCCUUCCUGCCAAUCGCACCACCUAGAUGGAUAGAGGCUCAGUCCAGGGAAGUGGAAGACAAACUGUGGGACCUAUACACUUUCAACUACCUUAUCCCUAUUCACGUGGAUUCGUACAAGUUUCUAGCCUCGCUCACCGAAGAGGAAAUGAAGAAAUGUGGGGAGAAGGCCUUGAUGGAGAAUACGAACCUAAUUAGGGGCAAUUACCCACUCACUCCGGCCACCAUGAAACUUGCGCUUGUUGGAGAAUUCAACCACACCAAGUGCUGUGUGUCCGCUUCCGCCCUUGCUGUCCGUGGCUUCCUAGCCCCAAAACAGCAAUCUGCGAUGGCUGAACUAAAGCGCAUUUGGAAUGUGGGUCGUCCUUACCUUAAGUGCCUGUGUGUAGCAGAAGGGAAGAGCGACUGCGGGAAGAACAUCUCAUGGUUCGAUCAUGUGUUGUGGUACUUGUUGUCUGAUCUUCAUUACCUGUUCCCUGAAGCUCCCUCCCUCAGAGCUCAUGGCCUACAGUAUGGCAGUAGACCCCUCGAGAACAGCGCAGAACAUCCUGGACGACCCAGCUAUUAUGCUAAGUUCCCCAAAACCAUGGCGAAACUCAUUCUCCCGGCACGAUAUGUGCGAUCCACGGAGAAGCGGAGGAAGGAGACGGUGGCAGUUUUCGUAGCGAAAAAGGCGAAGAAAGCACAGCCGUCCAUUCUGAAAUUUUAUGUGCCCCCUGCAAGGGACAACAGCGUGGUUCUGGCAAAGGGCACAGCUAUUUUGGUGGAUAUUGGUACCCCGACGUCCUCCUCCAUCACGGUCCAGGAUGAUGGAUAGGCAUCGGCUUGCAGUAGACCAUUGAGGAGAAGCCCGAGAGGGCUGGGGCUCUCCAGGACAUCCCUCUUCAAUCCCUAAUCACUGUACAUGUGUCUGUGUUGUGAUUUGUGCAGGAUAGUACAGAGGAGGGAGGGGGGUUCAUGACUCGUGACCCCUCUGGCCGUGCCAGAUGGCAGAAGCACCCAAAGGAUAGGAAGGAAUGCUUUGUGCACAUCAUGUACACAAGCAGCGUUAUGGAGAUCGUCCGCCUCAGAUCUAUCCUUGAGCGGACUAUGGAUUUUUUUUUGCCUCAUGAUGCAUGCGAAUUGUUGUCUUUGAUUGUCAUUGGGUAGACCUAUAUGAGCUCUUUGGAGAGCAUUUUGUAUAGACCGGCCACGAUGUUUCGUGACUUCGUUUUGGAUGAAUGAAUCUGUUUUUUGUGA